AGCAAAGAUGCCAGCAGUGGUUUCCAAAGGCCAUCAUGCACUUUUCUCUAGUUCCCACUAACAACAUUUUGCAAGGGAGCACAGAGCUGGUGUCCCAGAUCAAUAAACUGCAUUUGUGUGUGUCAUGGGACAGGAAUCGGCUUCUCCACCACAUCCCCUCCAUCAGCAAGGGAGGAGAUGCUUUUAAGCCAUUUGCCCAAGGUGAGCCAAUGAAAAAAGGAUAAAGCCAAGGCUGAGGCUGGCAGAGCUGGGUAAGCACCUCUGAGAAUUUCUGACAGUUACCAGAGCCCUCCUGACAGGGGAGAGAGCAGAAAUGUAACAAGCAGCUUUUUGCAGACCUCAGAGGGACAAGGCUGAAAAACCUCAGGAGUGCAUUUCAGCUUUUUGGUGUCUCACUGUAUCUCUGGAUUUUUAUUGUGUAGAUUAUCUUGGCACCCCCCUACUCCUGGAAAUUCAGUGUUUUUAUGCUGUGCAGCCCCUCUUGGUCCCAGUCCUGUGCUGGAUGUCCUGGAUAAAGAAAAUCUGCAUCCCACAUCAACCCCCUGCCUUUGCUCCCAACCCUUUUUCCAUCUCCUGGUCCCACAACUUCAGGGAGCCCCUUUUGCCAUUAUAACCUCCUCUUACAGGGUUCCAGGGCAAAGGGAGGUUGUGUCUCUCUCAAAGCAAUUAGAGCAGUGAAACCUGCCUCAAUUAAAGGACUGGAUGAGUGCAAGGCUGGAAGGGACUGGCUGCCUGCCCUCAUCCUUUCACAGAGAUGCUGCUGCCAGCAUCCUCCUGCAGCCCAGCUUGGAGCCAGCAUGCUGUGGGGCUCUGUGCUGAUGGACUCUGAUUCCUUCACUGGUAUUAAGGAGACAAAUUCUCCAGUGCAGUUUCCAUGGUCAUGGUUUCCUGUUUGGAUUCAGCACAAAUCCCAGAGUGCCUUCACAGUACCUCUGAUCCCACUGUGGAGCCACUGCUGCCUGUGUUACAUCUGAAACAUCUUUUUCAAUGGCUUUUGGACCAUCCAGGGGUCAGGAAGGUGUGAGGAAGACAAAACCUGCCCUUGGGGAGUCACUGCCAUGCUGCACAGGGCCUGUGGCAGUGACACCAAGCCCCAGCAGUGACACUGAGCACAGGCUGAUGUCCUUGUCCUUCCCCAGGCUGUGGGUCAGGCUGCUGAGCAGAAAAUGCUUGUGCAGCUCGACAGCUCCUCCAAAGCCCAGGCCGCUCUCAGCUGUGCCUGGAGACACAACAGACACCCAGCAGCAAACUGGAUCUUCCCCUGGCAUCUCCUGAUGCCCAGCCAAGCCUUCCCCCACCCAGUUUGUUAUCAGUGAGAGCAUCCUGAUAGGGAUGUGCGAGGGGAGUGCUGCUCUGUGACAGGCCUGGCAAGCUGCAAUCAGAUAAAGUGUUUACAAAAAUGAAAGCUGAUGGUAAAGAACAAGCUUUCAGCGUCAUUUCUUUCUGCUUUUUUUCUCAGUAACCAGCUCUUUUUGGACAGCCUGUUUGGGAAAAAGGUCACAGGCCCUUUCUCAGUGCUGUUCUUGGCUUUUCAUUGCAUCUGCUCUCAGCCCAACCUUGUGCAACUCUCCUGGGUGUUGCAAGGACUUCUCAUGCUGCAGCUUUUGCAUGGGGCUUCAAAUCCCCUCCAUCCCCCAGGGCUGAAGGCACCCCCUGCUUUCUGCACCCCCUGCCCCUGCUCUUGGCACCACGGAUCCCAAAGACACAUCAGAGCCCAGAUCCUUGGUGUUGUCUCUGCUAAUCCUCUCCAUCACCCCUUCCCCUGCUGGGCUUUGCCUUCUCAGGACUAUUUCUCUCCAAUUCCUGGCUCAUGAGUGAUGGCAGGGGCUGGAUGUGACACGUCCCACAUGUGAUGCCAUGUGUGCCAUGUGGAGCUGGUGGCAGUGGGUGCAGGGUUGGGGUGUCUGUGUCCCCGGGGUGCUCUGGCAGGAGCCCUGAGCGCGUUUCCGCUUCUCUGAAAUGGCCACGCUCUGAUAAGGGCUGUGGUUUCCUCCUGAGAGCGAGAGAGGCUGUGGGGGAGAACACAGCUCCAGGCAGAGCUGCAGCCCUGCCCCACACUCAGCCUCCCCCCGAGAUGGAUCCUGCUGCUGAGAGCCCCCCAGGGACCCUCCCCGGGGAGGAGAGCCCCGAGAUGGAUCUGUCCCACCGGUUCUCCAAGGAAGAGCUGGCCCUGCUCUACCAGGAGGUUCUCUACACCAUCCUGCACCGUCUGGGCAAGCCCAAGCAGCAGCACGUCGGGGAUUCCCAGGAGCUCUACUCCUAUGUGCAGAAGGCUUUUGGCAUGGACGCGGAGGAGCACAGUGCGAUCAUGCAGCAGGUCAUGGAGCUGGAGAGCCCCAUUUACUGCCUGAAAGCCACUGUGAAGGAAGCCAAGGGAAUUUUGGGUAAAGAUGUCAGCGGGCUCAGUGACCCAUACUGCCUGCUGGGCAUCCAGGCCAGGGGCCAGGAACCAGCCCACCCUGACCACAAGAAGAGAACGAAGGCUGUGGUGAAGGACCUCAUCCCCGAGGACCAAAUCCAUCGCACCCAAGUGAUAAAACAGACCCUCAGUCCAGUGUGGAACGAGACCUUCAUCCUGGAGUUUAAAGACGUGGAGACAGCCAGCUUCCACCUGGACAUGUGGGACUCGGACGUGGUGGAGUCGAUGCGGCACAAGCUGGGGGAGCUGACGGACCUCCACGGCCUCAAAAGGAUCUUUAAAGAUGCUCGCAAAGACAAGGGGCAGGACGAUUUCCUGGGGAACGUGGUGGUUCGGCUGAAGGACCUGCACUGCUGGAGUGACCAGUGGUACCAGCUGGAGCCACGGACAGAGACCUACCCCGAGCGGGGGCACUGCCACCUGCAGUUCCUACUCACGCACAAGAAGAGGGCCACCACGAGCAGCCGGACACAGCCGAGCUACACCGUCCACCGCCACCUCCUGCAGCAGCUGGUGUCCCACGAGAUCCUCCAGCACCAGGCCGGCAGCACGUCCUGGGAUGGGGAGCUGAGCAGCCAUGCCAGCACCGUGCUCUACCUGCACGCUACACAGAAGGACCUCUCUGACUUCCACCAGGACAUGGCGCAGUGGCUGGCCUACAGCAAACUCUACCAGAGCCUGGAGUUCAACAGCAGCUGCCUCCUCCACCAGAUCACCAGCAUCGAGUACCGGUGGGUGCAGGAGCGCCUGAAGCCAGAGCAGAAUGCAGAGCUGGCCGAGUCCUUCCAGUCCUUGCUGACCUACGGGGUCUCCCUCAUCCGUAGGUUCCGCAUCAUUUUCCCCCUCUCUGUCCCGAGGUCCAAGGAGAGGCUCCAGUCCCUGCUCCGGGUCCUCGUCCAGAUGUGCAAAACAAAAGCUUUCCAUGAGCUGUGCACACCCAGCCCUGACCUCACCCAGAUGGUCUCAACAGCUCUGAAGUCAGGCACAACGGAGUGGUUUCACAUGCAGAAGCAGCACCUCAAGCCCAUGGUGAAGAGCAUAGAGGAGAAUAGCAAGGCCUUGUCCAAGCUCCUUCAGGAGGUGAUAGAAGACCUCAAGCAGUGCCAAAAGAUCUGGAAUAAAUUGUUCAGCACCAACCUGAAGCUGAAUAUCUUCUCCAUUGCCUACCUGGAGCUGGAGAGCCUGGUUGCGGAGCACGUCCAGGAGCAGCUGCACGAGGUUGACAGCAGCAUGUCCAGACCCACAGCCGAGAGCCUCUUCGAUCUCUACAGGAAACUGCAGGAGCUCUGUCAGAUGAGGGACUCCCUCCCAAACAGGGAUGGACCUCUGGCUCUGAGCAAUUUCCACCAGUGGUUCGAGGAAGCGUUACCCCUGUGGCUGCAGAAGGCCUACACCACCACACUGGAGAGGGCUCAGAGAGCCAUCCAGAUGGACCAGCUGAAGCCUUUCGGGUAUCACAAGCACAGCACAUCCACCGUUGACCUGUCCACCUGCUACGCCCAGAUCGUGACAACCUGGCAGCAGCUCAACUGGCCAGACCCUGAGAAAGCCUUCAUGAUCAUGGUCAAUCUCCUGGAGGACAUGUGCAAGAUCUCCCUGAUGUACUGCAAGCUCAUCAAGGAGAGGGCCGAGGCUCUGUCGCUGAGCGAGCAGGACGAGGGCGAGGCGGCCAACAAGCUCUGCAUCGUGGUGAACAACAUUGAGCAGCUGCGGCUGCUGAUGCUGAAGCUGCCGUCGCAGCUGGACUGGGCCCAGCUGGAGCAGCGCAUGAGGGGCAUCAUCGACCCACAGCAGAUCCAGAACGCUCUGCACAACCAACUCCACAGCACCGUGGCCUGCCUGGACCACGAGGUCCAGGACGUGGUGCAAGCUCUGGCUACCAAGCUGGAAAAGGGCAUUGCCAGGCACAUCCAGGAGCUCUCAUCUUCCAGUGACACCCAGAAACCUGAGGAUUCCAUCAUCCCACUCAUGAAGUUCCUGGAGUCGGAGCUGCAGUACCUCAACGAGCACCUGGUCCAGGAGAACUUCAAAAGCCUCCUCACUCUCCUGUGGCAGCACACCCUGUCCGUGCUCUCAGCAGCACAGGGGCCGCAGGUGCCCUCGUUCCAGCACUGCCAGAGGCUGUUCUGUGCCCUGAAGAGCCUGGAGCUGUGCUUCCACGCUGAGGGCUGCGGGCUGCCGCUGGAGACCCUCCACAGUGCAGCCUUCCAGAGGCUGGAGUCUCACCUGGCUCUCUGCUCCGCCACCAGCCGCAAACUCAUCCAGAAAUACUUCAGCAACAGGAUCCAGCAGCAGCUGGACACCAGCUCAGAGAAGUACGGGGCCGUGACCAUCAAAGCUCUGUACCGGCCUUCGGAGCAGAAACUCCGUGUGGAAGUGCUCAACGCCACCAACCUCAUCCCGCUGGACUCUGACGCUCACCCUGGAGCCCCGGCACGCGUUCCCCGAGGUGGUGGCCCGGACCACCCAGUGCAAGAGGAACGAGCUGCACCCCCUCUUCGACGAAGCUUUCGACUUAUGAGAUCCUGCAGCUGCUGGAGUCCAGGAAAAGGGACAAAGAAGCUCAGGCCUUCGUUAAGCUCCGCAAGCAGCGAGCCAAGCAGUCCAAGGAGACAGAGUGAGGAGGGGCAGGAAGAUGCCCUGGAAGGAGGGGUCCGGCCAGCCGCACCCCGGGACUUCUGUGGUGUUGAGAACCAUCUGCAGGGAGUGUGGGGACAGAGGGGUCCCUGUGCCUGACCCAACUCACCUCCACCUUCGGCAUCAACGCUCCCAUGAGCCAGGGAGGGUGGGCAGGUGGAUUCCGGGGGAUUUCUUUGCCUGCCUGGACUAGUAACACUACACGAGGGAUGUGGAAGUGUGGCUGUCCCUGUCUGUCCCUCUGGAGCUUGUGACUGCCAGUGCUGCAUCUCCUGACCGUGUCCCCAGCCCUCCUGUCUGCAACAUGACUGACUCAGGCUGGAGACAGCCAUGGCCAAACCUGCCUUCAUUUUUUUUUUAUUUUUCUUUAAUUUUUUAAAUUUCUUUUUCCCCUCAUUUUCUUGUGGAUAAGCCUCUUAUUUUACAUGAAAAGCCACAAAGCUGA